GUCGUAACCCCAGGCUGGGUCUGACGGGGCGACCCUACAGGAGGAUAGGAGUGCUGGGAACCUCCAAGUUCUACACCAUCAGAAACACCAUCUUCUCAUUCACACCUCAGUUCAUCGACCACCAGCAGUUCUACUUGGCGUUGGACAACAAGAUGAUCGUGGAGAUGUUGAGGACGGAGAUCUCCUACCUGGCCUCCAGGUGGAGGAUGACCGGGCGACCCACCGUCACCUUCCCCAUCUCACAGACCAUGCUGACUGAAGACCACACAGACCUGGACCCUACAGUCGUGGCUGCACUGAAGAAGCUGCAGGACGGAUAUUAUGGAGGAGCAAGGAUCCAGACGGGGAAGCUGUCGGAGUUCUUGACCACUUCCUGUUUCGCUCACCUGAGCUUCCUGGACGGUAAGGCUUCUGGCAGCAUGGCUCGCCACGACGCAGCGAAUGAUGAUGAUGAUGAGGAGGAGGAGGGUGACGAAGAUGGAUACUUGCAUGAGUUACAUUAUGACGAUGAGGCUGACGACCUGGCUCAGUACCUGGACCACCUGUUGGCCCACUCUGCCCCCAAAAAGCCCACCAAGAAAGGGACGGGAGCUUUGGGGAAGUUCAAGGCUCUGGCGACUAAAACCAAGGACAUGGUGUCUCUGAUGAACAAAGCUCAGACCCUCAACGUGGAAAAUGUGAACAUGUACCUGCCCAACAAGCUGUUCCGCUCAACUCAACCAUCUCUAAACCUGAACCUCCCAGAAUCCUCCUCACAACAGGAAACUCAGGAUGCGAAGGCCUCAUCAGAGUGCGGUAUCCCCAGAGACGCCAGCGGAGGAAUCGACUACAACUCUUUGGUCCAGCUGCUGAGAGACACUCAGAGUCUGCAGGACCAGGCGGAUAUCCUCUACAUCCUCUUCAAAGACAAGGGCAUGGAUUGGGACACCCAGCUGCACGGAAAAGGCUCCACAGUGAGGUCCCUUCUGUCUGACCUCUAUGAGAAGGUGGGGGACCUCAAACUGUGGGGUCUCAUCAGGAUGAUCUCUGGCAUGCUGAAGAAGAAGGUGGAGGAGCUGGACUCGGCCUGCUCUGAUUUGCUGGCUCACCAGAAGCACCUGACAGUGGGUCUUCCUCCGGAGCCCAGAGAGAAAACCAUCACGGCUCCAAUUCCUCCGGACCAGCUGGCAGCUCUCAUCGACGAGGCCAGCGACAACAACAUCAGCGUGGCCAUCCUCACGCAGGAGAUCAUGGUGUACCUGGCGAUGAGCAUCAGGACUCAGCCCAGUCUGUUCAGCGAGAUGUUCCGGCUCCGCAUCGGACUCAUCAUCCAGGUGAUGGCCACCGAACUCGCCCAGUCCCUCAACUGCACAGGAGAGGAGGCCACGGAGAGUCUGAUGAGUCUCGGUCCGUCAGAGCUGAAGAACCUUCUCCAUCACAUCCUGAGCGGGAAAGAGUUCGGAGUGCAGCGCAGCGUGAGAGAUUUGGAUGCUGGCGUCAGUCCUGCCAUCUCCAUCCAUCACCUAGGCAACGUGGGAGCAACCAAGAGCGAGAGAGCGGGGAUCAGCAAACUGAAGAGCGACAUGAAGAUGCUGGAGCACAGGUUGUCUUUGGACUCCAGUCAGGCGGAGCACAGGUUGUCCUUGGCAGAACCGUUUAAGCUCGACCCGUCACUCUCCUUCUCUCGCAAGGGAAUGCGAUCUCAGUCAAUGGACAUAGAAAACUUUGAAUCUGGGAGGUACAGGCUGCCCUCCAUAGAAUCCCUGGACAUUCCGGAAUGCAUACCGGUUGCCAAGGAUACCAGGCACGGCCAAUGGCUGCGCAGGAGGCGUCUGGACGGAGCGCUGAACCGAGUGCCCGUCGGAUUCUACCAGAAAGUCUGGAGGAUCCUGCAGAAAUGCCACGGUUUGUCCAUAGAGGGCUUUGUCCUUCCUUCUUCAACCACCAGAGAGAUGACACCAGGAGAGAUCAAGUUCUCGGUGCACGUGGAGACGGUGUUGAACCGCGUCCCUCAGCCUGAGUACCGGCAGCUGCUGGUGGAAGCCAUCUUGGUUCUCACCAUGCUGGCCGACGUGGAAAUCCCCAGCAUCGGAUCCAUCAUCCACGUGGAGAAGAUCGUGCACCUGGCCAACGACAUGUUCUACAAGGAUCAGAAGGACCUGGGAGCAGAGGAGCACAUCCUGGAGCGAGACCCGUCCACAGGAGUGUGCCGGCUGCUUUACGACAGCGCCCCCAGUGGUCGUUUCGGCAGCAUGACCUACCUCACCAAGGCCGUGGCGGUGUACGUUCAGGACUUCCUGCCCAGCGGAUCCUGUGCAGUGCAGUGAGAGAGCACGUGAAACCUGAAACCUGCAAAAGGGUUAAACCACUCAGUAGAAAACGCUGCUCAAGCUACUAUUUGCAGCAUUUUUUUACAUUCAAGGAAAUAACAGGACAUGAAUAGAAUCUGCUGUAUAUUGUCAUUAUGUGUGUAAGCAAAUCAUAUCAAACUUUAACAACAGACACACAUGAAUUGUGAUGUAUGCUUUUAGAUAAAACAUGUUUUUGUCGAACGGCAUUGACACAGGGUCAUCAUGCAAAGUCCUGAGUGCUUCCUUAUCCUCUGAGCACAGGUCAUUACAAAAAAACGGUCAAAUGCUCAGAAAUGACCUGAAACACUGCAGGCACUGGAGCAAUAAUACACAUUUGGUGCUUAAGUGAAGAGUUACUGCAGCAGGACAGUAAUAAAGAAUAAAAUAUAAAUUCUAUGUUCCUUUUAAGAAAGAAACAUAUCUUUUGUUGAUAUAUUUUACCGCCAAACUGAAAAACGAAUAAUUUCCGUCUAUUUCUAAUGUCGUAAUGACUGAUGUAAGAACUUGUUUACGGGAGAAUAGUUAAUUAUAUUUGUUUGAUCAUGUGAUUUGAAAGUGACAAUCACAUGUAAUCUUCUGUACAGCUAUUUAACCACGACUACCUUCAAAUAACUUCAGAGACUCAGAAACAAAUGUUUGUUCUCAUAUAUGUUGACUUUGAAACUUAAAAAUGUUUCACAAAGGGAAAAUAAUUAUUCUAAUCGAUCCUAAUUUAUUACCACAUGUAUGUUACUUUACCUCUAAUCCUACAUGCUGUGUAAAAUAAUGACAAAAAUUACGAUGUGUCUUAAAGAGUUUCUUUGGGAGACUUUGUGUGUGUGUGUGUGUGUGUGUGUGUGUGUGUGUGUGUGUGUGUGUGUGUGUGUGUGUGUGUG